AUGACAGAAAGAGAGCCAGAAGAAGAAUACACCAUCUUUGGAUAUGGAUCACUCAUUUGGAAAGUAGGCACCGCGGAAAAAUAUGCAUUUUCAUUGUACACUAACCCUCACUCCGGUCACGUCUACAAUCGCGCUAUAUCUAGCCACCACCACAUGUCAUCAAACGGACACUAUGUCCGACGCUUUGCCCAAUCCUCGAGCGAUCACCGAGGCACUCCGGAGUUCCCGGGACGAGUCGUCACCUUGAUUCACGCCGAUGAAUGGGCACAUUUCAAUUCUCAGGACGCCUUUCCACACGAGGAUACAGUCUGGGGGGUCGCGUACACAAUCGACCCUAUAUACGCAAAGGAGGUCAAGGAAUAUUUGGGUGAGUUGGAAUCAGAAUUAUGGGGCCUAAAUGAAUACCUACAUGACUGCCGUAUAGAUUAUCGCGAAAAGGAUGGCUAUACCAUCCACAGAGUGGACGUGUACGGGAUCAAUGAUGGCACGGAGUUUGUAGCUGUAUCGCAGGCGACUGUCAAUAUCAAGGAAUCCCUGCUCAAAGGUCGCCAGUUGGUUCAGAACCACUCGAUUAUCUUGCCAAGCGAAUAUUUGAAAGUGUCGGACCAUCAGGAUUACUUGAUGGAAUUAUCGAAGGCUGUCAGAGAGCUCGCACCAGAUAGUCGCGAUUCUCACUUGGAACAACUCGAGAUACGUGUUAAAGAGUUGGAGAGGCUUCAUACUCAAACGAGCUCUUAA